CACCAAGUUGUCAAAUUCUUGGAGAAAAAUGGCUAAUGCUAAGCCCCCAACCCAAAAUCAGGCUGGGCAAACACACUCCAAGCUUAUCCGACUCAUUGCAAUAAUCUUUCUUGCACUCAUAGUCCUUGUUGGUCUAACCAUCCUCAUUAUUUGGCUAACCAUCAAACCCAAAAAGCUAGUCUACUCCAUCGACGACGCCUCUAUCCACAACUACAAUUUAUCCAAUACCAACCACCUAAACGCAACCUACAACUUCAUCCUCCGAGCUUACAACCCUAACAAGAAAGUUUCUGUUUACUAUAAUAAAGUUGAUAUUGAUGUGUUAUAUGAUGAUGAAACCGUUAGUAGAGGGACUAUUGAUCCGUUUCACCAACCUAAAAGAAACGCGACAAGAUUUAAGUUGAAUCUUGCAUCACAUGAUGUGUCAUUGACUAAUGGGAUUGCACAUGAUCUUAAAGCGGAGAGGUCAUCGGGUCAGGUCGAGAUGGUUGUGAAGUUGAAGGCUAGAAUAAAGUUCAAGGUGGGAGCUUGGAAAUCAAGACACUACCACAUGAAAGUUACAUGUGCACCUAUUAUGGUUCAUUUUUCUUCUUCCUCAAAGGGUUUUCAAAGGACUACUUGUGAUGUCGAUAUUUGAUGUUAGUGGUUUGUGUGGGUUUUCUUGAACAUGGGUUUGUUUUGCAAUUUCUUUUGUUAUUUUUCUUUUUGGGGGGUUGAAUUUUUAAGUAUUGUAAUUUAUAUGUGUGAUUUAUUAACUUGAUGACAUUAAAUGUAACCUUUAUAUAUAUAUAUAUAUUUUUAACGCUUUGUCAAA